UCCUCUCCUCCUCCCCCAUCUCCACCCUCCUCCCUCUCCUCUCUCCCUCAAACAUGGCGAAGUCCUACGAUCAUCUCUUCAAACUUUUGCUGAUUGGGGACAGCGGGGUGGGGAAGACCUGCCUGAUCGUCCGCUUCUCCGAGGACAGCUUCAACAGCACCUACAUCUCCACCAUAGGUAUCGACUUUAAAAUCCGAACCACGGAGAUCCAGGGGAAGAAGAUCAAGCUGCAGGUUUGGGACACGGCCGGCCAGGAGAGAUUCAAAACCAUCACAACAGCAUAUUACCGCGGCGCCAUGGAAGUGGAGGAAAUCUCCCUAACAGGAAGACAGAUGGUGAUUUGUAGAAACGCCAAGUCCAGCCAGAACGUGGACGAGGCAUUCAACUUCCUGGCCACGGACAUCCUGAUGAACAUGACACGGAGGGCGUCUCACGGCAUGAAGGACCCGGUGGAUUUAAAGAACCCCUCCAAGAAGGGGGGCAGCAAGUGUUCGAUGGUAUAGAGGUCGCCUUCCGGGGGCCUAUCAGAGACUUAGAAUCCAAUAAGAGACAUUAUGGGACCCCUGGCCCCGCCCCCUGUGGAAUUGGGGGUGUCAUCCUCAUCCUGAGAUCCUUCUAGAACAGUAAGGGGGGGUGUUUAGAUUAAAGGACACUAGAGGGGGAUGUGAGCAGAGAAAC